GCCCAAGUGAUGAGACGGCAGUGGUGAGAAGCAUGCGGCUCCCCUGUCCUGUAAAUUGCAUAUGUUAAGAGCCUACUGAUCUUAUCAUAAUGUUGCGAGUAGUUGUGGAAUCUGCGAAAGGUCUCCCAAAGAAGAAACUUGGAAGUCCGGAUCCUAUAGCAUCGGUCGUUUUUAAAGAUGAAAAGAAAAAAACUAAGGCCAUCGACAGCGAGAUAAAUCCAGUUUGGAAUGAAGUCCUUGAGUUUGAUUUAAAGGGGUCGCCACUGGAUUCCUCCUCAUUUAUUGACGUGAUUGUGAAAGACUACGAAACCAUUGGAAAAGACAAGUUUAUUGGCUCUGUCAAAAUCUCUCUGAAAGAUUUGGCGACUGGCCAAGUGAAAUCCCUUCCAUCGAAGAAUUUGACUCUUGUCAAUGAAAAAAAUCAAGGUAUUGGGGCCACAAUUGAUCUAGUGAUUGGAUACGAGCCCCCAGCCAAUGCCGCACCUAACCCAAAUGCUCAGGCUGAUGGAGACACAGCAGGAGAUGCUGGAGGAGAUGGAGGUGACGGGGGAGAGGGGGACAAUGCUGAUGGGGUGCAAGUGGGGGAACCAGGAGCAGCGCCCUCUCCUGGCCAGCCUGGGAACCAGAGGCUCAUGCAGAGGAACAGGAAAAGGCACCGGCCUUUAGCCAACAAACCUCAGGACUUCCAGAUCCGUGUCCGGGUUAUCGAGGCUCGACAGUUGCCUGGAAACAACAUCAAGCCUGUGGUCAAGGUGAAUGUGUGUGGACAGACACACCGAACAAGGAUCAAGAGAGGAAAUAACCCCUUCUUUGAUGAGAUUUUCUUUUACAAUAUCAACAUGUUGCCAUCAGAGCUGUUUGAUGAAUAUAUCAGCAUUCGGGUGUACGACUCCUUUUCUCUCAGGGCUGAUAGUCUCAUGGGGGAGUUUAAGCUGGAUGUUGGGUAUAUCUAUGAUGAACCAGCUCAUGCCAUCAUGAGGAAGUGGCUUCUUCUGAAUGACCCGGAUGACUCCAGCUCGGGGGCGAAGGGGUACCUCAAAGUCAGCUUGUUCAUCGUGGGGACGGGAGAUGAGCCACCGAUUGAGAAGAGGGAGAGCAGCGGGGAGCAGGAUGACAUCGAGAGCAACCUGCUGCUCCCGGCUGGAGUGACGCUGCGAUGGGCCACCCUGUCUCUGAAAGUGUUCCGGGCCGAGGACAUCCCCCAGAUGGAUGAUGCCUUUGCCCAGACAGUUAAGGAGAUAUUUGGAGGAGAUGGUGACAAGAAGAACCUAGUGGACCCAUUUUUGGAAGUCCAGUUUGCUGGCAAAAAGCUGUGCACUAAAGUAAUUGAGAAGAAUGCAAAUCCAGAGUGGAACCAACUCCUCAAUCUGCAGGUCAAGUUCCCAUCCAUGUGCGAGCGCAUCAAACUAACAGUCUUUGAUUGGGAUCGGCUGACGAGGAAUGAUGCAGUAGGAACCACAUAUUUAAAUCUGACUAAGAUAGCGUCCUCUGGUGGUGAAGUUGAAGACAAUCAUUCGGGAUAUGGGGCUUCUUCACGAAAUGAAGGGAGAACUGGGGAGUCAGAGGUGGGCUUUCUGCCAGCCUUUGGCCCGUGCUAUGUGAACCUCUAUGGAAGUCCCAGAGAAUUCACUGGUCUUCCUGACCCAUAUGAGGACCUCAAUUUUGGGAAGGGUGAAGGGGUAGCCUACAGAGGGAGAGUUUUGAUUGAACUUUCCACUAAGCUGGAGGGGAAGCCCGACAAGAACGUGGAUGAAAUUCAUUCUGACGACAUCCUGGUGGCUCAGAAGUACCAGCGGAGGCGGAAGUACUCGUUGUGUGCCGUGUUCCACAGCGCGUGCAUGCUUCAGGAGCCUGGGGAGCCAAUCCAGUUUGAAGUCAGCAUCGGCAACUAUGGCAACAAGUUGGACACGACCUGCAAACCACUGGCAUCGACGACACAGUACAGCUGUGCUGUUUUCGAUGGUAAUCACUACUACUACUUGCCGUGGGCUGACACUAAGCCUGUGGUCAUCAUCACAUCUUUCUGGGAGGACAUCAGCCAUCGAUUGGACUCCUUGAACAUCAUUCUGUACAUUGCUGAGCGGCUGCAAUCUAACCUCACCUCUUUGAAGACGGCCAUUCUGGCAAAGGCCCCGGAUACUCGCCUGGCAGAGAUCUGGCUGAAACUCACCAACCAGGUGAUCGAGGACCUCAGCAGCUUUCAAUUGCCAGACCUGGAGGGGAAGUCCAACCUGACGGCCCUGGACAUUCAGAUCAAGAAGCUGAGGGACAGCGCCCUGCAGACCAUCCGAGACAUAGCCGGGCACAUGAAGGAGGAGGCCACGGACGUGGAGGACACGCUAGGGGACAUUGAGGACUGGCUGGAGAAGCUCAGGCAGCUGGCUGAGGAGCCCCAGAACAGCAUGCCUGACGUGAUCAUCUGGAUGCUGCGUGGGGAGAAGAGGGUGGCCUAUGCACGUGUCCCGGCCAAUGAGGUGCUGUACUCCACCUUCAGCGAGCAGGCCUGCGGGCGGAACUGCGGCAGGACCCAGACCAUCUUCUUGCAGUACCCCAUGGACAAAGACAAAGGGCUGAAGGUUCCCGUUCAGAUCCGUGUCAACAUGUGGCUGGCCCUGUCUGCAAAUGAAAAGAAGUUCAACAGCUACUCGGAAGGAACUUUCAGCGUGUUUGCAGAAAUGUAUGAAAACCAGGCCGAGGUGUUUGGGAAGUGGGGAACCACUGGUCUGGUGGGUCGCUACAAGUACUCUGAUGUGACCGGCAAGCUGAAGCUGAAACAGGAAUACUUCAUGCCCCCUAGAGGCUGGGAGUGGGAGGGCGACUGGUUCGUGGAUCCGGAGAAGAGCCUGCUGACGGAGGCUGAUGCGGGACACACCGAGUUCAUAGACGAGGUCUUCCAGAACGAGACGCGCUUCCCUGGCGGGGAGUGGAAACCUGCCUCUGAGCCCUACACAGAUGUGAAUGGGGAAAAGGCUCUUAGUCCUGGGCAGAUAGAGUGCCCUGCAGGGUGGAAUUGGGACGACGACUGGAGCUUUGACAUCAACAGGGCCGUGGAUGAAAGAGGCUGGGAAUAUGGUGUUACUAUUCCUCCUGAUGAUAAACCCAGGUCCUGGGUACCGGCAGAAAAGAUGUACCACGUUCACCGCCGAAAGAGAAUGAUCCGCCGAAGGAAGAAGGUCCCGGGUGCUGGCACAGCAGCGGAGAGGCGGGAUGGAGAUCCAGAGGGCUGGGAGUACUCUUCCCUGAUUGGCUGGAAGUUCCACAGGAAGGAACGUUCCUCAGAUACAUUCCGCCGCAGACGCUGGAGGAGGAAGAUGGCUCCCGCCGAUCGACUUGGAGCAGCUGCCAUCUUCAAUCUGGAGGGGGCGCUGGGGAUUGAUACGGAUGAGAAAGGGGGUAAAACGGAUGCUUCGAAGCUGUUCGGUGCCAAUACACCAACUGUUUCUUGCACCUUUGACAGGUCUUUUGUGUACCAUCUCAGGGUGUAUGUUUAUCAAGCUAGAAACCUUAUGGCAAAGGAUAAGGACAGUUUUUCAGAUCCAUAUGUCCAUGUGUCAUUCCUACACGUGAGCAAAACCACAGAGAUCAUCAAGACUACUUUGAACCCAACGUGGGACCAAACUCUAAUCUUCAAUGACAUUCAAAUAUAUGGGGACCCCCAGACCACUGCCAGCAACCCACCCAGUGUGGUCCUCGAAUUCUAUGACUGCGACCAAGUGGGUAAAGAUGAGCUGCUGGGCAGGAGCAUGUGUGCCCCCCUGGUGAAGCUGAACCCCAACAUGGACGUAUCGCCAAAACUCCUUUGGUACCCCAUCACUCAGAAGGGCAAGUCUGCUGGAGAGGUGCUGGUGGCUGCAGAGCUCCUACUCAAGGACAAGGGGAGUGAGACAGACCUGCCCAUCGUCCCUCCUAAGAGAUCUGCGAAUCUAUACAUGGUCCCCCAGGGGAUACGGCCAGUGGUGCAGCUCACUGCUGUCGAGAUUCUGGCCUGGGGUUUGCGCAACAUGAAGACCUACCAGCUGGCCACAGUGUCCUCGCCAAGCCUCAUCGUGGAGUGCGGAGGGGAGGUCGUUCAGUCGGCCGUCAUCAAAAACAUCAAGAAGAACCCCAACUUCCCCGGAUCUGUCCUCUUCCUUAAAGUGCUUCUGCCCAAAGAGGAGAUGUACACCCCUCCCAUUGUGCUGAAAGUGAUUGACCACAGGCCUUUUGGGAGGAAGCCCGUCGUGGGACAGUGCACCAUAAACUCCCUGGAAGAGUUCCGCUGUGACCCCUACGUCACCAAGGCUGAAGUGGCCAUGACAUCGAAGGUGGCUCUGAUGGCGGCUCCCCCUCGAGCCUUCACUGUCAUAGAUAUGGAGGACAAGAGGCCUCUCCUUGAAGCUCAGCAUGCAGAAAAGGAAAAAGAGACAGUUGAUUGGUGGAGUAAAUUCUAUGCCUCAACUGGAGACCAUGAGAAGUGUGGCCCUUACCUACAGAAAGGAUAUGACACCUUAACGGUCUUCGACAAUGAACUUGAGGACCUUCCUGAGUUCCAAGGGCUGACUGACUUCUGUAACACCUUCAAACUGCAGAGGGGUAAGGUGGAUGAUGACGACGAAGACCCGACUGUGGUGGGCGAGUUCAAGGGCUCAUUUAAGGUGUACCCGUUGUCAGAUGACCCUAGCGUCCCUCCACCCCCUCGGCAGUUUCGAGAGCUCCCUGACAGUGGGCCUCAGGAGUGUCUGGUCAGGAUUUACAUAGUCCGAGCCAUUGACCUGCAGCCAAAGGACAACAAUGGUUUGUGUGAUCCUUAUAUAAAGAUCUCUCUGGGAAAGAAGUCCAUUGAUGACCGAGACAACUACAAGCCGAAUACCACAAGCCCAGUGUUUGGAAAAAUGUUUGAAGUUUCCUGCUUCCUUCCUCAAGAGAAAGACCUGAAAAUCUCUGUCUAUGACUAUGAUUUACUGAGUCGUGAUGAGAAAGUUGGGGACACUGUGAUUGACCUGGAAAAUCGGUUCCUGUCUCGUUUUGGUUCAUAUUGUGGGUUACCCCAGACAUACUGCAUCUCUGGAAUCAACCAAUGGCGAGACCAACACAAACCAUCUCAGAUCUUACACAAUCUGGCAAGGCUAAAAGGCAUCUCUGCACCCUUGAUGGGCGACGAUGGCAAAACAUUGACAUUCGGAGGCCGAGAGUACAGCCUGUCUGAAUUCGAAGCAAACAAAGAGAUCCACCAGCACCUGGGCCCAGCCAGUGAGCGCAUCGCUCUGCACGUGCUCAGAACACAAAGCCUGGUGCCCGAGCAUGUGGAGACCAGGACACUGUACAGCAGCUUCCAGCCCACGCUGUCGCAGGGAAGAAUUCAAAUGUGGGUUGACAUAUUCCCCAAAAGUCUGGGACCUCCAGGACCUCCCUUUGACAUUGCUCCACGCAAAGCCAAAAAAUAUUUCCUGCGUGCCAUUAUUUGGAACACGACUGAUGUGACAUUGGAUGAAACCAGCAUCACUGGAGAGCACAUGAGUGAUAUCUAUGUCAAAGGGUGGAUGCCAGGAAUGGAAGAAGACAAACAGAAGACCGAUGUACAUUACAGGUCCCUGGAUGGAGAUGGCAAUUUCAACUGGAGAUUUGUUUUUGGAUUUGACUACCUGCCUGCUGAACAACUGUGCCUCAUCUCUAAAAAAGAACAUUUUUGGAGUCUUGACAAAACUGAGUUCAGGAUACCCCCGAAGCUGAUGGUUCAAAUAUGGGAUAAUGACAAGUUCUCGCUGGAUGACUACCUGGGCGCACUUGAACUGGAUUUGAACAACUUGGUUCCCCCUGCCAAGACCCCAGAGAAGUGCAGCCUUAAGAUGCUCCCGGAUGUGACUGGUGCUCCUCCAGUGAAAGGCGACCUCGCCAAAUCGCUGUUUGCACAGAAAUCUGUCCGAGGCUGGUGGCCAUGCAUGAUCGAACAGGACGGGAAAAAAGUGCUGGGCGGGAAGGUUGAAAUGACACUGGAAGUUGUGAGUGAGAAGGAGAUGGAUGAGAGGCCUGCUGGGAAGGGAAGGGAUGAACCCAACAUGAACCCAAAGCUGGAUCCUCCUAAACGUCCUGAAACCUCCUUCUUUUGGUUCACAAAUCCUUGCAAGACCAUGAAGUUCAUUGUCUGGCGUAGAUUCAAGUGGCUCUUCAUUGGAUUCCUCAUUCUGAUACUGGUGCUGCUCUUCGUUGGAAUCCUCCUGUAUUCACUACCAAACUAUGUUGCGAUGAAAAUUGUGAAGCCUUAAUGAGGACGGAAGAAAGCGGCUACAUCCAGAUCCAACAGUAAAGUCAAGAAUCUCUGACCAAAAAGACAGACCAUCAUGGUCUGUCCAUGCAUAACAUUUUUUUUUUCUUUUAUAGAGCAUGUUUCUUUUUUAAUGGAAAUGCACAUAACAUAUAUAGUUCUUAACAGAGUUGCUCCCUUUUUGCUAGGUGUUCUUAGGCACAUUGUACCCUAUACCCCCAAAACUUUUAAAUGCACUAUUUCUGUUGUUUAUACUACUAUCUGUUGAAGUCAGUAAAAGGUUAAAUAUCUGGAACAUUGUGUAUGGAAACUGUAUAACAAUGCAACAAAACAGCAGCCACCAGGCUACGCAUGUUCAGAGGUUUGUUGUCUGUGGUAAACAAUGAUUUUGUUUCGAUAUGCACUUUGAAAUCUGUAUUUUGUAUGUUUUUAUUAACAUGGCAUUCUACAUUCUUCAUGGUUUUAAAAGAUGAGAAAAAUAUGAACGUGUUAAUAGUGCAGAUUGCAAUGUAAGUUUAGUGAAAUAAAAUGGAUGGAUAAAAUCGUGACCACAAUGAAAUGGCAUUGAUGAACUUAACUGCUGUAACAGAAGGCCUCAUGUGCUGGUGGAGGAGUACUCUUGAAGAUGUUCCAAAUGUCAUCACAAGUUUUCUCUUUGAAAAUGUUAUCCUCUAGGGGAAUAUUACUGUAGGGUAUGUUAUAUUGCAAUUUUGAAUUUGUGCAUAAAUGUAUUGUGCUUAUGAAUUCAUUGUAGCACAUGUACUCAUUUUAGCACUAGUUAUGACAGCACUGUGUGAGGAACUGACACAUGGUCAGAUGGGGCUGAUUUUGUUCAGUUAUGUUCCAUCGUCCGUAUAUACGCUCGCUCUGGAUAACAGCAGCUGCCAAAUGACUACAUGUAAAUACAUGUGAAACUCUCUACGUUAAGUAACAGGUUUUACUGUUUUACAGAGGAAGGAACUGAUUGAGGAUGCUGUUGUAUCUAAACUUUCUCUGUCUCACUUUUAAGAAAAGGAACAGGCUUACUCAUUUUUACAAGGGCAUACCUGCUCUUUCCAACAAUCAUUUGUUUCCAGUUAAUGUAGAGGAAAACAUAUAAAAUGACAAAUCACAUGUUUGUUCCAUUCCUUGAUGGAACUGCAUGCAAAUGCUUGCAAAAAAAUUCUGUAAAUCAAAAUGGGCUAUAGUUAUAGCUCCUCUCUCCUGUUGUAUGAGUAGCUAAUAAUUAAAGUCCCCACAACCUAGCCAUUUCAAACAGAUUUCUACUGCACUGCAGCUACACAGUGCUUUAAAAAAAACGAGAAUUUCCUAAAAUACAACUAAAUCUUUGUCAUCAUAUUCUGUACAUCUUU